AGCACGGAAUCGAUUGGGUUGGAAUUCCAGACCUAGCUGAAGUUUAACUGCUGUUGCCUUCAGCGGGCUGGUCUUCUGAAUCCCCAGAGAGGUGUGGACCAGAUUGGAUUUCUAGAUUUGCAGCUCCGAGCUCCUGCCCGCCUUCACUGAGGGGAUUUCUCUGCUAGGCAUUGUUCCUAUCAUCAACUUUGCACGGAGGAGCCAGCUAGCCAGCUGCAACUGCGAAUAAUAGCUCCUUGGCUCUGUUUGUGGAUUGGGCAAGCUGCUGCGCUGUGGCUCUUAAAGUUCAUCCUGUGGCUGCUUUAUCAAACCUAGGAGUGCUUCUGAAUGGAUUACCUUUCAAAGGCAGCACUUCAUUCUAAAACUUGAGAAUUUGUCGCUUUAAUGUUGUUUUCUUAUUUUUUUUUUUCUUUUAAUUUCCUUAACCUUCUUUUGGUCGCAGCAGCAAGCUACAGGAUAAAAGUCAAGACAGGAUCCAAGGGCAUGUGCCAGGUUUGAAGGCCACACAUGAGGUCAUUCCAGGCAGCACUGGUGGCUAAGCCUAAAGCAUCAGUCAGCAAUAAUUGCUAGAAACAGACAAAAAAAAAAAAAAAGCAGGGAAGGCCGUUAUCUUCCAAGGCACUUUCUUGUAAGCAUCCUGACAAGAAAGAACCAAAGAACAGCAACAAUGAAACGAUUGUUGCGAGAGUCAGAAGAAGAAAUCAUGGUCACCUUGGGACCUUCAUCCAGCCUUUCACCAGAUAAGGUAAAGGCAGAGACUAUGUGUGGCAGCAAGAACAAGUCUUCAGGCCCUACUAGAUCCUUAUCAGAGGAUAGCUUUGCGCUUCCUUGCUGUGGAUCCACAGCCUCAUCCACUGGUGGAGAGAAAGAUGGGGACCUGGCCCAGCUUUGUAGCUUUGGGCAACAGGUGAACAGCCAUCUUCCUCUGGCCUCUGCUGCCUCUGUGUCAGGGUCUGAUUCUCAGGAACUUUCAUCUGCCAGCAUUACCACAAACUGUCAAGAUCCCUCAGAGAGAAACCAAACAAGGCCCCCUUUGUCCAGAAGUUCUGACCAAAGGUGUAGCUGUGAACAGCAAGAGCCUUUGGGGGAUGUAGUGGAGUACAUCAUCAGAGAGCUGCAAGGCAUCAGCCGUCUUCAGAGUGAGAUUGCUGAGCUCCGGCAGCACUUGAGCCAAGUCCGGGGCUCUGUUGAUGAAGUGUCUAGCUGUGUAGACUCAGUACUGAGUGAAAUAGAAGGCUUGCAUGUGGGCAGCAGCUCCCUGGCCAAGGUAGGUGAGGGGGAAAAGGCCCAGGAACCCCAUGUAGGAAGACCCAGAGAGGAAGCCAUUCUUUAUCUAUAUGGACUUCCUGAACAUGAUGGGGAAAACACUAUGGAACUUGUGAACAACUUCCUAGCCAAGCAUCUCUGUAUUAAUGGCAUGCAGUUCAACAGGUACAUCAGAGAGGCAUACAGGGCAGGCACAGCUCCUGCCCCCAGGCCCACGGUGGUGAAACUCGUCCAUCUAGAGCACAGAGACUUCAUCUUGCAGAAAUCCAUCCUCUUGCAGAGUGUCGGGGUCAGGGUUGCCACCAGAGAAGAUCCAGGCUGGCCACAAGGCUAUAAGAAUCCCCCAGAGGAGUCUGUAUCAUGCUUGCAACAGCGUCAAGAUCGUAGUUGGAAUUCUUUAAACCAGGAUAAACCAGGUCUUCAGAUGGAAACAGGGAAUAGAAGAUGCACAGUGGGACCAUACCAGAUGAAGACCCAGAACCAACAUAGGGAGCAUCAGGCUUCUGAGCAGCAAGACCUUUGCUUCCUACUGAAGGACAACCUAGCAAAACAGAGUGAUGUGACUAAGGCAGAGGAUGAGGUAAAAGGAACAUCAGGAGCAUCCCAGGUAAUCAGUGACCAUUGUGAUGAACUGUCACCCCUCCAACAAUUUGAGCAUCCUUCCUCAGUGUUAAUCUCAAAAACAGAAGAUUGUGGGAAAUCCCAGAUUUUCAAACAGAACAGCCAAGAACUUGCAGCAUAUAAAGUGAAAAAGCUACAAAAUGAUUGUAGUGAUGAAAGUGUGGACAGCAGCUGCCUGCCAUUGUCUGGGUCACUGAAAACAGACGGGGUAAAUGCAGAGGACAAGCUUCUAGGCUGUGAGGCUAGGCUUGAUAUUCUGAGCUCAAGGCAGCUGGAGGACCUUUUGGCAGACAAGUCCAGGAGGUCUGCAACUCUGAGCUCUGGCCGAAUGAUGGAGGAAAUGAUCAUAGGACCUGAUACUUUUAGUAACAUGGUUCAUAUAGACCUGAAUGAAGAAGAGGAAUGCACUGUUCAGGUCCUUAAGGAUGUUCUUGACAAGUCCUCCACCUCCCUGGGUGGCUCGGAGGAGGGUGAGGAUGUGGAAAUAAAAUUUUACACAACUAAGCUGAGCCGAGCAAUUCACCACUUUCGUUCAGCUCUGCAGGGAGUGUUUCAAAAGCUGGACAACAGUGGGUCCAUCAGUCCUGAGGACCUAGAAAGUAAUGAGAAUGGGUCCCAGUCAGGGAACAGUGAUCGACUUCUAGGGACCUUGAGUUCAGGGGGUACCCACAGUUGUUCCACAGACAGCCCUGGAAGUCAAGAGAGUGAGAGCUUGCUCAGUAUGGUGUUUGGUGGAGCAGGCAUCUCUACACAGGAUGACCAAACCCCUCAAGAUGCAAACAACUUUUCUCUUACUUCUAAUAACUCCUCUCUUGCAAAUUCAUUGCCCAUAUUCCCUCUGGCCCCAUGUCUGGGAUUUGAGACUUGUUCCAGGCUUGACUCUCCUAAUCAAGGCAAACUGAGCUUAGAGCAAGUGUGUGCAGAGACCAUUUACCUCAACAAGUGCAUCAACAAUUUUAAAAAUGUUCUAAGAGAGAAGAAACUGAGGCAGAAAAAGCUUUUGCAAGAUCUAGUACAGGAGGCAAAUCAUCUUUCAGUGGAAGAUAUGCCUUCAGAAGGAAAGCGAGAAGCCCUUCAGAUUCCAGAUGAUGGCGACCCCUCUCUGCCUCAGUGGCUCCCAGAAGGGCCAGCUGGAGGGCUCUAUGGCAUUGACAGCAUGCCAGAUCUACGUAGAAAGAAGCCACUGCCACUUGUCAGUGACCUGGCCAUGUCACUGGUCCAGUCCCGGAAGGCGGGGAUUACUUCUGCAAUGGCUACACGUACCUCUCUCAAGGAUGAAGAGCUGAAAUCCCAUGUAUAUAAGAAAACCCUUCAGGCCUUACUCUACCCCAUCUCGUGCACCACACCCCACAACUUUGAGGUCUGGUCAGCCACUACUCCUACCUACUGCUAUGAGUGUGAAGGCCUGCUUUGGGGCCUUGCCCGGCAGGGUAUGCGCUGCAGCGAGUGUGGAGUCAAGUGCCAUGAGAAGUGCCAGGAUCUGCUCAAUGCCGACUGCCUGCAACGGGCUGCAGAAAAGAGCUCCAAACAUGGAGCCGAGGACCGGACCCAGAACAUUAUCAUGGCCAUGAAAGACCGGAUGAAGAUCCGAGAGCGGAAUAAACCAGAGAUCUUUGAGGUUAUCCGUGAUGUCUUCACAGUGAGCAAAGUUGCCCAUGUGCAGCAGAUGAAAACAGUGAAGCAGAGUGUUCUGGAUGGCACCUCCAAAUGGUCAGCCAAAAUUACCAUCACUGUGGUGUGUGCCCAGGGCCUACAAGCCAAAGAUAAGACAGGAUCCAGUGACCCUUAUGUGACUGUGCAAGUUGGGAAAACCAAAAAACGUACCAAGACCAUUUUUGGAAAUUUGAAUCCUGUUUGGGAGGAGAAGUUCCAUUUUGAGUGCCACAACUCCUCUGACCGCAUUAAGGUACGAGUGUGGGAUGAGGAUGACGACAUCAAAUCCAGAGUAAAGCAGCGGCUAAAGCGAGAGUCUGAUGAUUUCCUUGGCCAAACCAUCAUUGAGGUUCGGACACUGAGUGGAGAGAUGGAUGUCUGGUACAAUCUAGAGAAGAGGACAGACAAAUCUGCUGUUUCUGGGGCUAUCCGGCUACAAAUCAAUGUGGAGAUCAAGGGGGAGGAGAAGGUGGCCCCAUACCAUGUACAAUAUACAUGUCUCCAUGAGAACCUUUUCCAUUACCUCACAGACAUUCAGGGCAGUGGAGGAAUCCGGAUCCCAGAGGCUCGGGGAGAUGAUGCAUGGAAGGUGUAUUUUGAUGAGACAGCCCAAGAAAUUGUGGAUGAAUUUGCCAUGCGCUACGGCAUCGAGUCCAUAUAUCAAGCAAUGACGCACUUUGCAUGUUUGUCAUCCAAGUACAUGUGUCCCGGUGUGCCAGCAGUGAUGAGCACCUUACUGGCCAAUAUCAAUGCCUACUAUGCCCACACAACUGUGUCCACUAACGUCUCUGCAUCUGAUCGCUUCUCAGCCUCCAACUUUGGUAAAGAAAGAUUUGUGAAACUGCUGGACCAGCUACACAACUCCCUGAGGAUCGACCUCUCUAUGUAUAGGAAUAAUUUUCCUGCUGGAAGCCCUGAGAGACUUCAAGAUUUAAAAUCCACAGUGGAUUUGCUUACCAGCAUUACUUUCUUCAGAAUGAAGGUGCAAGAACUGCAGAGCCCUCCAAGAGCCAGCCAAGUAGUAAAGGAUUGUGUGAAAGCCUGUUUGAAUUCCACAUAUGAAUACAUAUUCAACAACUGCCAUGAUCUCUACAGUUGCCAGUACCAGCUGAACGAGAAGCAGGAACUACCGCUGGAGGAGCCAGGGCCCAGCAUUCGGAACUUGGACUUCUGGCCCAAACUUAUCACACUUAUUGUGUCUAUCAUAGAGGAAGAUAAGAAUUCCUACACACCUGUUCUGAACCAGUUUCCUCAGGAGUUAAGUGUGGGGAAAGUCAGUGCAGAAGUGAUGUGGCAUCUAUUUGCUCAAGACAUGAAAUAUGCAUUGGAGGAACAUGAGAAGGACCGGCUGUGUAAAAGUGCCGACUACAUGAACCUGCACUUCAAGGUGAAGUGGCUCCACAAUGAAUAUGUACGGGAUCUGCCUGCCCUCCAGGGCCAGGUGCCUGAGUACCCAGCGUGGUUUGAGCAAUUUGUGCUGCAGUGGCUAGAUGAGAAUGAAGAUGUGUCCCUGGAAUUCCUUCGUGGGGCCCUGGAACGAGAUAAGAAGGAUGGGUUCCAGCAGACAUCAGAGCAUGCACUCUUUUCCUGUUCUGUGGUGGACGUCUUUACACAACUCAACCAGAGCUUUGAGAUCAUCCGGAAAUUGGAAUGCCCAGACCCCAGCAUCCUUGCCCACUACAUGAGAAGAUUUGCUAAGACCAUUGGGAAAGUGCUGAUGCAGUAUGCAGACAUCUUAUCAAAGGACUUCCCAGCUUAUUGCACAAAGGAGAAACUGCCCUGCAUCCUGAUGAACAAUAUGCAGCAACUGAGGGUCCAGCUGGAGAAAAUGUUUGAGGCCAUGGGAGGCAAAGAGCUGGACUCUGAAGCUGCAGACAGUCUGAAGGAGCUUCAGGUGAAACUGAAUACAGUUCUGGAUGAGCUCAGUAUGGUGUUUGGAAACAGCUUCCAGGUACGGAUUGAUGAGUGCAUUCGACAAAUGGCUGACAUCCUGGGCCAAGUUCGGGGCACAGGAAAUGCAUCUCCCAACGCCCGGGCCUCGGUGGCUCAGGAUGCAGAUAGUGUGCUGCGACCUCUCAUGGACUUCCUGGAUGGCAACCUCACACUUUUUGCCACUGUGUGUGAGAAGACGGUUCUGAAACGAGUCCUGAAGGAGCUCUGGAGGGUAGUAAUGAACACCAUGGAACGGAUGAUUGUCUUGCCCCCACUCACUGACCAGACAGGCACCCAGCUGAUCUUCACUGCUGCCAAGGAGCUGAGCCAGCUUUCUAAACUCAAGGACCACAUGGCACGAGAGGAAACACGGAACCUUACUCCAAAGCAGUGUGCUGUCCUCGACCUGGCCCUGGACACCAUCAAGCAAUACUUCCACGCAGGAGGCAAUGGUCUGAAGAAAACCUUCCUGGAGAAGAGCCCAGACCUGCAGUCUCUACGCUAUGCCCUGUCUCUGUACACACAGACCACAGACACUCUCAUCAAGACAUUUGUGCGCUCACAGACUGCCCAGGGGGCUGGUGUGGAUGAUCCUGUGGGAGAAGUCUCUAUUCAGGUGGACUUAUUUACCCAUCCUGGCACUGGGGAGCACAAGGUCACAGUGAAAGUGGUGGCUGCCAAUGACCUCAAGUGGCAGACAGCGGGUAUGUUCCGACCUUUUGUGGAAGUGACCAUGGUUGGCCCACACCAAAGUGAUAAGAAGAGGAAGUUCACAACCAAAUCCAAAAGCAAUAACUGGGCCCCCAAGUACAAUGAGACAUUCCAUUUUCUUCUGGGAAAUGAAGAGGGUCCAGAGGCCUAUGAGUUGCAAAUAUGCGUGAAGGAUUACUGCUUUGCCCGGGAGGAUCGUGUGAUAGGACUGGCAGUGAUGCCCCUGAGGGAUGUGGCAGCCAAGGGCAGCUGUGCCUGCUGGUGUCCCUUGGGCCGGAAGAUCCACAUGGAUGAGACAGGCAUGACCGUUCUCCGGAUUCUGUCUCAGAGGAGCAAUGACGAAGUGGCCCGAGAGUUCGUGAAACUCAAAUCAGAGUCCCGUUCCACAGAGGAGGGGAGUUGA